AUUAAAUAAAUGUUUUUUUCAAAUGUUACAGAGGGAAAGAGUUACAGAAUGUCUCAAGGAAGCACACAAUGUGUUCUGCCAAUCACUGUGAUUUCCAUUUUGUAAGCCUUGAUCACCUUGUAACCAAACCUUCCAUCUGGGUGAGAAGACAUCACUUGUGAAAGACGGGUGCUGUACCACAAUGAUCCGACAUCUGGCUGCUUUGAUUCUUCUUACUGUAGUGUCUGUGAUUCAAACUGCAGAGGUUCCUCACCUGAUCCCUUUGAUUUUGGUUGAACCUGGUGACAAUGUUACUUUUCGAUGUCCAUUUUCUGACAACGACAAAUUCUUUACCUGGUAUAAGCAGCCUCUUGGACAUAUGGGCCAAACAGUCGCUUCUGGACUUGUUGGCAAAAUAACAGUCACUGAACAAUUUAAGUCACAUUUCACAGUCGCAAAAGGGGAUGCUCAGUAUUCUCUCAUCAUAAGAAAUGUAAGCAAAGAGGAUGAAGCAACAUAUUUCUGUCAGAAAGGAAUGUCAUAUUCACAGACAUUCGUCAAUGGCACAUUCUUGGCUGUGAACGACAACAAUCAGCAGAAAUCAGUCUAUGUGAAACAAAGUCCGGAGACAGCAUCAGUCCAGCUGGGAGACGCACUGACUUUCCAAUGUUCACUGCUCUCCAAGAACACAACAGAAAACACAGAUCGGUGUCCAGGUGAACACAGUGUGUACUGGUUCAGAGCUGGAUCAGGAGGAUUUCAUCCAGGCGUCAUUUACAUUCACAGGAACAGGAGUGAUGAACAUGUGAAAAGGAGCUGUGUCUACAGUCUGUCCAAAACUAUACAGGACUCCUCUGAUACUGGGACUUACUACUGUGCUGUGGUCACAUGUGGAGAAAUCCUGUUUGGUGAAGGAACUAAAGUGGACACAAGAUCAAAGUUUGAUCCAGUUGUCAUUCUACUUGGAGCGCUGUUGGCCUGCUGUGUGACUGUGAUUGUAGUCCUCAUUUUCUACAUUAAUGGGAGGAGAGUUUGUGACCAUUGCAACGGAGCAACAGGAGCUUCUCAUGAUCUUGGACAUGAAAAACCAACUGUGGAACAAUCAAACAACCUGGUAAUUAUGCUUCUGGUAAAUAUGUGUGUUGCCCUGUUUGCACUGGCUAAAUCCAGGAGGUAUAAAGCAAACUUUAAUAAAUUCACUGUUAAGUGA